AUUAACCAUUUCCAGGGGCGUGGGGUCAUUGGGCUGUGUGCAGUACAGAGCUGUUUCCAGUGCCAGCAGCUAGGGACAAAACAUACAAUUCAGCAUCCAGUGUAUAGAGAAAGCAAGUAUGUAAUGAGCCAAUGGAUGAAGGCCUACAUGGAGACAAGAUUGGGAUCCGACUCUACUAUGAUAAAACCACAGAUCGCUGUAAACCAUUUGCAUACAGAGGUGCUGGUGGGAAUGGAAAUCGCUUCUUCACUGACAGGCAGUGUAUGAAGACAUGCUCUACGUUAGCUGAAGUAAUCUAUCCAGAUGAUGACCGUGUUUGCCUCUUGGAGAAGGAUCUUGGACAUUGUAAAGGAACCUACUUGUUGUGGUAUUUUGAUCAUGCGCUGAAGAAGUGUAGGACUUUCAUUUAUGGAGGCUGUGCAGGAAAUGGAAAUAGAUUUGUUAAUGAGACAACAUGUUGCCAGAAGUGUGCUCAGGCUCCUGCGUGUGACCAAACAGGAAAGGAAGAUGAAGGGCCUGAUGUAGGCUUGGUGCUUGGAAUCACUGUGGGAUGUACUACAGCAGUUAUCUUGGUAUCUGCACUCGCCAUUUUCCUUCGGAAAAUAGUGAAGAAAUAUUCAACCAAAGAAAAGAAGCAAAAUAACCCCCCAGCUAAUGCAGAAAUGUACUAACCAGAAAGAGAAGCCUUCUUAUUUCCUUGGAUUAAUGCAGUGAAUUCCUUGAUUUGUAUCAUAUGGUUUUGUUAUAUGAAAUAUUGUUUAUACUUUCUAAAGAACCUAUAAAAUGCAUACUGGGAUUUGUACAUCCUAUUCAUCCGGUCCAGUGUAUGGGAGAGUUCUUAUCCCAUUUGAGGGACAUGUGUACGAAACUCCAUAGCUUAGUGUCAGGAUACACUAGUGGUAACUUAACUCAAAAUACUGUAUCUCUGAACUAAAUCCUGCUUUUAGCUACACAGCUGGAAAUGAAGAAUAACUCCACUAAGCUUAGUCUAAAUUGUUUAUGAUGUUGUGGGCAACUGGACCAUAUGUGCAUUUAGUGAGUCUGUUCUCCCCCCUUCAGGCACAUGCAGAAUUUCCAUUAAUGUUAAUUAGAGUUACUUGUGUGGGACAGCAAGACAAUGUUCUCCCAAGACUUCUUGUGGCUCAGUAGUGCAUUGUAUUAGAUGCUUUUCAAACUCCUCCUCAGAGAAUCUUUACUGAGAUGUUAGUUCCAAAAUCAUCUGCAUUAUUAAAUGGUGCUGUAACACUUAAGUCACCUGCUGUACCUGUGCCAAUUGUCCAUGUGCAAUGCAGAAUGCAGCCAAAAAAUGAGAGAGAGAGCAAAGGAAUGCAAGGCUCAGAAGUACUGGAAUGCAACAGGCAAUCUUCUGCUCUUUACUGCCCCCAUUAUUACCAUGCUCAGCAUUGCAUGUUACUGUAGAACAGUGGUUCCCAAACUUGUUCCGCUGCUUGUGCAGGGAAAGCCCCUGGCGGGCCAGGCUGGUUUGUUCACCUGCCGCGUCCGCGGGUUGGGCCGAUCGCAGCUCCCAGUGGCCGCGGUUCGCUGCUCCAGGCCAACGGGAGCUGCUGGAAGCGGUGGCCAGUAUGUCCCUCAGCCCGUGCAGCUUCCAGGAGCUCCCAUUGGCC